AUGCACACGGUGCCGUGUGACCGACGACUUUGGUUCCACCUGGUUGUCGUUUUUUGACACGCUAAUCUUCUAUGGAAACAGAAAGUGUGGAGUUUAAACCGCAUAGUCUACGGUAUUUAAGGGUAGAUAUGUUUCAUUGACUGGUAAUGAGGUUUUGACGAAUGCACCAACGACGGCGGACAUGGCAGAAACCGAAGCUUCGCCCUUGAAGCAUUUUGUUGUGGCUAAAAAGAAAAUCUCUGCAAUUUUUGAACAACUUUUACAAUAUAUCACUGAUGGAGCAGGCUUUGUAGCAGAAAUACAAGAAAAUGAAGAACUACAACAGAUAUCAGAAAAAAUUCAAGAAGUACUUAAAAGCCAAGGAGAGAUCAAAAGUCAAAGUGCAGAUAUAAAUGAGUACAAACAGAAGAUUUUGGGCAUCAGUGGGGUGCUAGCACGCCGGCACAUGAAAGUGGCAUUUUUUGGCAGAACUAGCAACGGUAAAAGCACGGUUAUUAAUGCAAUGCUGCAAGAUCGCGUUCUUCCCAGUGGGAUUGGACAUACUACAAACUGCUUUCUGAGUGUGGAAGGCACAGAUGGGGAUAAAGCAUUUCUAAUGACGGAAGGAUCAGAUGAAAGGAAGAGUGUGAAGACAGUUAAUCAGCUAGCUCAUGCCUUACACAUGGAUGAACGUCUAGACACUGGCUGCUUGGUGCAGGUUUUCUGGCCCAAAACAAAAUGUGAAGUUCUCGGAGAUGAUUUGGUUCUAAUGGACAGUCCUGGAACAGAUGUUACAAUGGAACUGGAUAGCUGGAUUGAUAAAUUCUGUCAAGAUGCUGAUGUUUUUGUGCUUGUGGCAAACUCUGAGUCAACUUUAAUGAACACUGAGAAGCAUUUCUUCUAUAAAGUAAAGGAGCAUUUUUCAAAACCAAAUAUCUUUAUUUUGAAUAACCGAUGGGAUGCUUCUGCCUCUGAACCGGAGUAUAUGGAGGAUGUUCGUAGACAGCAUAUGGAUAGGUGUGUAAACUUUCUUGUGGAAGAGCUCAAGGCAGCUGAUUAUCAAGAGGCUCAGAAUAGAAUCUUUUUUGUGUCGGCUAAAGAAGUACUCAAUACAAGAAUGCACAAAGCUCAAGGCAUGCCAGAAGGAGGUGGUGCUUUAGCUGAGGGAUUUCAGGCAAGAUUGCAAGAGUUCCAGAGUUUUGAACAAGCGUUUAAGGAGUGUAUCUCACAGUCAGCAGUGAAAACAAAGUUUGAGCAGCACACAUUCACAGCUAAACAGAUCAUGAAGAAUGUGAAAGCUAUCAUGGAUGCAAUCAAUUUUGCAGCUGUUGACAAACGGAAACAGUCUGAGGACAUGAAGGAAAAUAUUUUAAGCAACCUCGAUUAUGUUCACAAUCAGAUAAACAGACUCACUGAAGAUGUUAAGAAUAAAAUUCUCAAGAUUUCUGAAGAAGUGGAAACAAAGGUUUCUAAUGCAAUGACCGAUGAGAUUUGUCGUCUUUUUGUUUUGGUUGAAGAAUUCCAUGGAGAUUUUUACCCAUCACCCCAAGUGUUAAAAGCAUACAAGAAUGACAUCAACAGACACAUUGAGGAAGGCAUGGGGAGGAAUCUGACUGACCGAUGUAGCAAUGCAAUACAUGCAACAGUUCAGAGUGCCAAGCUGGACAUGAUGGAAUCCCUGAAACCUUUGCUACCACCUAGUGCCUGGAGUCAAGUACACACCCUCAUCCCAUGCUGGAAUUUUGACCUAAGCUAUAGCUUAAAUUGUUCCCAUCUGUGUGCAGAUUUCCAAGAAGAUAUUGAGUUUAAGUUCUCUCUUGGUUGGACUUCAUUAGUUAAUCGCUUUUUAGGACCUCAAAAUGCACGUAAAGCAUUACAGAUUUCUCAGACACUGGCAUCAACACCUAUCACCUCCAGCCUUCCAUCUUUACCUCCAGAAAAUGCCACUCAGGAAGAACUUGUAGUUUCAGUGGUAACAGGCCUAGCGUCACUCACAUCAAGAACUUCAAUGACUGUCAUCAUAGUUGGUGGUGUGGUCUGGAGGACAGUGGGAUGGAGGGCCAUUGCACUUUCUGUUGGCUUGUAUGGAUUGGUUUAUCUGUAUGAAAGAUUGACUUGGACAACCAAAGCCAAGGAAAGGGCACUUAAACGACAACUUGUAGACUACUUAACAGAGAAGCUGCAGAUGAUUGUUGGCUUCACAAGUGCAAACUGCAGUCAUCAGGUUCAGCAGGACUUGGCCACCACGUUUGCCCAGCUUUGCCAGCAAGUGGACCUAACUGAGAAAAAUUUGGAAAAAGAAAUAGGGAGGCUAUCCCAAGUGAUUGAGCAGCUGCAUGAUUUGGAAAAGCAUUCUGACACCUUAAGAUCUAAAGCAGCUGGACUUGAAGCUGAGCUGGACAAUUUUAUAAAACAGUAUUUGUAGUUGCCUCACUAAAGUGUUUUUUUUUUUUUUUUUGAGAACUAAAAAUUCUUCAGCAAAAUGUACAACACAAACUUAACAUUUCUAAGUAAAUUUUUAUACCUGCUAAAAUAUUAAAGCUGAAGAACUUUAAUGGAGGAAUUCUGUUUCUACCUGUUGUUUGAUAUAUUUAGAGGAAUAUUCGAAAAUUGCAGUGUACAUUACAGUCCAUGUAACUGGCAACAGAAGCAGAAUCCUACAGGCCUUUGGGUUUUUUUUUUUUCCUUCUGCUAAAAAUGAACUGGGGAUUUCUUAUUCAUGAAUAGGUGCAGAAUGCAAAGUGUUAAAAUUAGCUGCUGUGCUCCAAAAUGUUAUCAAUAACUGUAUGCACCUUUGCCCUCUUAACUGAUAAAGAAAUAUCAAGUAUGAGGAUAAAAUGAAAAAGUAAAGGCAGCUUAACACUGCCUGAGCACCUUUUGAAGUUGAUCAUGCCUACUACACCAUUUGUCACUUCUAAAUGUGCCAGGGCUGUAAAGGUAAACCCCAUGUUGAUGACUGCCCUUUAUUGUCAAAAUGUAAUUGUCACAUCUGUCACUGAUCUGCAAUUUUCCUUUCAGUAAAAUCACACAAUUUUAUAAAUAUAAAGAAGUGCACAAGUUAAAAGAAACACGCACAUAUGGGUGCCAUGGCAUAAAAGUGAUAGAAGAAGGGCAUUUCAAGCAUAUCCACAAGUUGAAGUGUUUAGCAAUGGUGAGACUGUACCAGGAGACGGAACACAACUUGUCUGAUCUGCUUCCAUAAGGACGCUUUAUAAAUGCAUGUUAACCUGGGAAUUUUCAGCAAAGUUUGCCCCAGCAGUUUCCCAGGUCAGCACAUAGUAGUGUUAACUGCCCAUUGGGGUAUAUGGGUGGCAUUACUGAACAAAACAACUGGUCCUUGUGUGCCUUCACUGGUAAACCAAAACACCUGAGCAACUGGCUUGACUGGUUAGUAAAACUUCACAAAUUACUAAAGCUCCUGCAUUUUGAAACACUGUUGGGCACCCCCACCCUAGACAAAAAAUUAAACCAAACCUUAGCACACUCUGCAGCAGCAAGUGGGCGUUGUGUGGUUGUGCUCUGCCAGUUGAGGUGCACUGGUAACCCUGAGGGAGACGAGCACUCAGAGGAUGUCGGCUUCUGGUACAGCAUUUCCCAUCCUUGCCACUAAUUUUUAUUUAGCUUGGCAUGUAAAUGUCAGCAGGUCUUUGAGUACACACAGAUUCCACUAUUUGAUCAGCGAUGCAAACCUCAAAACCAUACAGUCUGUGGUACAGGACCUUGGCCACUGCAUUGUGUGAAUGAACAAAUCCUAGUGAAUUCUUGUGAUGAUAAACUGGAGGGUUUCCUGGAUCGUGUGGGGAGAAGCAGUUGUGUGACACAAUGUAGCAUCCUGACCCCUAUGUUGAAGAAACAAAAUUCAUACCCAGCAGAUAGUAGUCAUAGCCAAGUAAACAAGAGUCUGUGUGGUCCUCACAAAAGGUCCCUUUGUCACUAUGGUACCCUGCUGUGGGAACUGGCCAUUGUCGCACCACCGCACACUACUCCUAACCACAUUAACUGAGGUCAUCCCCAGCAGGCAGAUAAAGUGGUGGUGGCAUUACAUAAUCACUUGACGUCAGUCCCAGGGUGGUACAGGAGCACCCCUGGCACAAAGCUGUUUGCUGACCUCACUAAAAUGUGAACUGAGAGCACCAUAUAAAUGGGGAUUUGGUAACCUGCUCUACUUGUGGCAUGAAACACUCAAAUCAAGCAGCGUGAAAUAAUUUUUUUUUUUUUUGCAGUUGUGCACAUCUGUCAGAACAGCCUGCCAGUUUUCAUUCAUGUCUGUGUUCAGAAUCAGUGGAGCACAUCACACUUGUUUGUUAGCAGUUUCUGUGGUCCACUGUUCAUUGAAGACCACUCCAAAAAGCUUCUGAGAAUCGGCUCUCAGUGCUGCCUUUUUUUUAAUUAUUAUUAUUAUUCCUUUUUUAAUGUGACAGUAACACCUGCCAACACCUCAGACUGCUGCUUUAUGGAUUGCCUUGCAUUGGGAGUGACAGUGAUACUCACCUUUAAAAUGGCACUGCCAUCUUUGGCAAUUGUGCACAAGCUGCUUCAUAUCCAAGGGUCUCCUCAUUAGGUAACUUCCCCUUUUUAAGGUGCCUUUAAUUUUUGACUUGUCCUCAUACUUGUUAACUGGUUAAUCUUGAGCACCUCGCUGAAAACACUGGAUUUUGCUUUCAAUGUCAGGCAGCAUUCCUAUUUAUCAACGGUCUUCUAGCUGGAGCACUGCUGCACUCCGGAGGGGCAAUCUUGGCACUGAGGUGGUGUUCUUUUGGCAUACAACACAGGCCAUCUGUAAUUUCUGAGCAGGUUACAUCUCUGAUUUCUUCCAAACCAUUUUUUUUUUAAAAUUAACAACAUGGACAUAAGAGACUGAGGACCCCUCAUCGCUCGGGUGUUUUUGUUUCCAAAACGUAUUAAGUGGUUGUUUUUACUAAUAAUGAGCAGGCAUGCUGAUGACAAUGACAUUAAUUGAACUUGAAACAAACAGAAGUGAACUUAAAUUAAUGAACAAUCGCUAACUUGAUUUACACAGCGGCCAAAGAGCUGGAGCGACCCUGUGGCUCUUAAUCUGGAAAAAUAAAAGGCCUGUAGGCGUCAGUGCGGCCCUCCUGGAUCAGAACUGCCCACACCUACUAAAAACUGUAUGGGGGUCCUUAGUAAAGCUUUGAACAGAACAGGUUUAUUACUUUUGUAAGGCAGAGCGCCCCUUGUAAACCAGUGUUUGAUAGUAAGACUGUCACUUGUUUGAAUAUAUUUAAGAAUAAAAUGUAAUUUAUUUGAUUAA